AUGAAGAGGAAGAAAUAGAAGAGAUGGAAGGAGACAUUCUUCUUGGUUCUCCAGUCGAACAUCAUAAUUUAUACAAUUUCGAUGAAGAUAGUGAAAGAGGAACGUCGGAAUUAACGGACAGCCGUUUAGCUCAGAGAAAUUAUAACUUUGCUCAUACUGUGGAUAUUUAUGAUGAAGAGGACGAUACACUCCGUAACUUAGAUUCGCCUAUUGAACUACAGAGCAAUGAUAGUUUGCCAGAUUUAUCGGGUUUCGAUGAAUCAGAACAACCUUCAUCUUCACAGCAAAAGCGCUCGCUUAAUUAUCCCGCCGAGUAUCCGGAGUUAUACCAAAGUGCCUACUUUACACCUAGCGCUGAAAAUUUAAACAUAAUGUAUGAUGACAAAGAUUACAUAGCAGUGGAUAUAGAGGAUGAAUUAAAAGAGUACGAUGACUUGGACGAGUGCGAGACGUCAUUCAAUGGAAAUAAAAAUUUUUCAAGUGACUCAAAGUCUGCAGAGGUGUCGGAGAAAUAUCACCGUGACCGAAGAAAGCGUAAGAGAUACAGAAAUGAAGACUACGAUGAGAUUCAAGUGCUGCCCGAUGAAGAAGAAGAAGAACCCGAAGUGCCCGAAGUCUAUUUAGAUCCCAACGAAAUUUCUCCCAGAGCUAAAAACGCAAUCGUCAUCACUGCCUGCUUUCUAUUAGCCAUGUCAGUUGGCGUCGUUGUUGCUACCCUCCGCAUGGCGCCUAUUAUCGAUGAUCUGGGCGAUGGUAGGAGAGCAAGUGUUAAAAGAAAGGUAUCUGCGAGACGUACGAACAGUAUUAACCGUAAAAAUUCCACUCGACAAACAAACAACAAUAAAACCUAUCACUAUCACUCAGAUGCUGAAAACGUUAAUGAUGAUAAUAAAAUAAAAGUCGUCGAAAAAUCAUUAAUGGAAUUAGAGCAGGCGAGAAAACAAAGACAAAUAAUUAUUAUUAUUUUGGGAAUUUUUGUUAUUUUAGUUGUCACGUCAGUGUUAAUUGUCAUUAUUACACUUACCCGAAGGUCAUUUCGAACCUCAAUCGCUACUCCACGGUCUUCACACCAUAAUUAUUCUAUGAGAAUACAAAAUGAAGAACUCAUUAAUUCAUUGCAUCGUCAUGCAUCAACUAUCACUAAUUCUACAAUCCCGCCAUAAUAAUUUUUAUUUUUAAAACGUAAUUACGAGUAAAAUGAGUACCCACAUAACUCUAUUUAGACUAGAUACAAAAUAUGUCAUUGUUAUAGAUAUUUAAUCUAUGUAAUGAGUAAUUAAUAAAUUUUUGUAACAUAUCGAUGUGGGUACUCAGUCUACAGGAAAUUUUGUCAGGAAUACAAAAAUAAUAAUCAUU